CUCUACACACCGACGGAAGGAAUGCGCCGAUACGAAAAUGCCGAAAACUCCAUGAUUUAUGCCAUAGGUAGGAAAACUGCAGGGCGGAAAGGCAGCAAGGCAGCAAGGCAGAAAGGCAGCCAACCAAUCGGUGACGACUUAAAAACGUAACACCACCAUGCAUGCAUCCUUUCGCCCGGUCACUGAUUGAGCCCAUCCCCCCGGCGGUGAUCUCUCUAGGUGCUGAAGGUCAGCAUCCAUCCAUCCAUCCAGCAAACCGUGCAUGCAGUCGUCUGGCUAAUCAGAGGGAGCGAAGCAGGGGCGAAGGAAAAGCCCCCCUGACUAACUAUGCGCCCGCCACUCGCUUCCCCUUGUCGGCUACCAGUCCAGUGUGUAGUGUGUUGUUUGUUUGGAUCUCUCUCUAUGUGUGUGUGUGUUGUGUCUGUCUAACUGUCUAGGGUUUCUUGAGUCCGUAUUUCUCGGGCUGGAAGAUGUCCUUGAUGACCGCAUCAACCACCUCUUGCAACUGAAACACACACACACACACACAGAGACACCCACACACACACGGUGGUUGCUGCCUGGAGUAUGGUCACUGACUGACAGAUUGGCUGACCUCGACGCGCGCCUUGGCGGGGUCCGAUGACGACAUCUCAGAGUACCACUUGAGCUUCGGCUCAGUGCCUGACACACAUACACACACACACAGACCAUUUACCGACACACCACACCCACGGUGUGCAUGUGAUGUCAACCCACCACCCUCCCAGUCACCCUCCCUGUCACCUACCGGACGUGCGGGCCGUCAGUGUGGCGCCGUUCUCGAACGUCAGUGUGACCUGACCACACACACAAUCACACAGGCAGACAGCAGACACACACAAGAUGCACCCACAGUCUCACCACAUCGCCCCCCCCCCUCUCACACCUCUCACACACGCGUACCGUACCAUUUGUGAGGUGGCUGUGAGUGGGAAGGUGCAUUUCUUGUCAGGUUUGGUGGAGUCGUAUCCGACGGUGACGUCUCGGAUGGCGGUGACCUUGAACUUGCCCAGCUGCCACUUGUACUGGCCGUUGUUGCGGAACUCGUCGAAGAUGGCCUUGAAGGUCGGCGGGUCGUAGCACAGGAAAUAAGCGUUGUUCGUCACGAAGUAACCGUACCUAUACACACACACACAGGCAGACAGAGGCGUGUGUGGGGUGUGAUGGGUGUGAUGGGUGUGAGGAGGAGGGUGGUUCCUUACUUCUUUCGGAGUUCGUCGAGUUUGUCGUGUACGGUUUUGCCCUGUGCGUAGAGCUCGCAUGCCAUCUCGACCCACACGCCGGAUGCCGACACGCCGUCCUUGUCCGCAACCUUCUCGCUCAGCUGGUAGCCUGCACCACACACAGCCACACAUACACGUGUGUGUGACACAGUGGCGUGUGGUGCGAGGCUGGCGGGGUGGGUGCGGUGCAGGUAAGGAAGGUACCGAGUGCCUCUUCGUAUGCCAGAAGGUGCUCGAAUUGCUCCUUGUUGCGGACCUCCAUCGACUUGUUGGCCAUCCACUUGAAGCCCGUCAUCGUGUCCUGCAGGACAUCCAAGAUGCAAUGCACAUGCCGUAAUCAGACGAGACGAGCAGCUCGCCUUUUUGUGUGCUUGUGUUGUGUUGGUGCUUCCCUCCCUGACCUCGAAUCGACAGCCCUCAGUCUCGGCGAGUUUCUUGAGCAUGCGGGACGACACAGCCGAACAGAUGAACAGCAUGCUCGCUGACCCGCCGACACACAUAGACACACACAUACACACGUGACAGUCACACCAUGGGUACAUGGGUGCGCGUGUGUGUGUGUGUGUGUGUGAGGUACAUGCGGGAAGUCCCUUCUCCUUGAAGGCCUGGAACUGGUAUGCGCCGAACAGAAUGCCCAACUCGUCGCCAUGGAAAAUGUGCCACUUGCCGCUGACAAAAACGGAACACAAACACGCAUCCAUCCAUCCGCUUUUUUGUCGUGUGUGUGUGUGUCUGUGUGUGGCACGCACUCCUUGGUCUUCUCAGCAGCGGCGAAUCGGUCGGCGUCCGGGUCGUUGGCGAUGACCAUGGGGGAGCCCUCCUUGUCGGCCAAGGCCAUGGCCAAAUCCUGCCAUCCAGUCACACGCGCACGUGGUCGGUUGGUGGAUCGGUCCUUCCUUGUGCUGACUGACUGACCAGUGCGCCCUUCUCCUCAGGGUUGGGGAACGACACCUGCGAUGCCAUGCACACCACACAAGAUCACACACACACACGCACUCAGCCACGCUGGUGGUGGAUGUGUCCGUAUGUGAUGUGUCUGGUGUGUGUGUGUGUGUCGCAUGGCAUAAUCAUACGGUGGAGAACUCAGGGUCGGGGUCACGCUGCUGCGGCACUGGUACCAGUAGAUAGAUGAGGACACACACAUACACACACAGACACGCAGACACACAUGACACCACAUGGCACGACGUGGGCAUGGAAGAGCAAGGAGGACAGGGGAGCUCAGCUGUGCGUACCGACGAUGAGGUUUUUGAAUCCGAACUUCUCGACUAUCUGACUCACAAACGGGUAACCCACACCUAAACACACACACACACGCGUAGGGAGAAAUGCAUCAUCACAUGCACGUGCGGUCGCCACCUCACCGUGCAUGGCCGUGUAGACGAUCUUGAGGUUGCUCUUGGCAGUGGCCUCGCUGUCAGAGAAUGCGAGCACAGCACACAGAUGGACGACGGCUGUCAUGCUGUCUGUGGUAGUGUGUGUACGUGUGUGUGUGUGGUAACUUACGGCUUUCGGGCGAGGUCCUUUGGGAUUUCCGUCAUGUAGCUGCCCACAGACUCGUCGUACAAGUCGACUAUCUUGGAACUGAGAGGCACAUGCGAGACAGACAGAUACAUACAGCUUGGUCAGUCAGUGUGCAUGUUGUGUGUGUGCGGCUGGCUGCGUAGGUACGUGUCUUUGAGGAGUCCGGUGUUAGCGUCGAGUAGUUGGUCAACGCCCUCCCACUGGUUGAGGUUGGCCAUGAUGCACUCGGAGAUGUGCUCGUCAACCGGAGGGAUGAUCUGAGGAACAUGUAUACACACACCACACCAGACAGCACCCAGACAGACAGAUACUUCCCUUCGUUCCCAUGGAGACGUCCCACGCCCCACCACCCAACCCACCUGAGCGCCGUUGUCGCCGUAAACCUUGUAGCCUGCAAGGCAUGCGACACACACAACACCACCAACACGAAACUGCACAAGUUCUCGUCUGUCAGGGGGUGUGUGUGCGCCGUGUAUAUAUAGGAUACUGUGCCUACCGUUGUCGAUUUUGGGGUUGUGCGAGGCGGUGACCAUGACGCCGCACGACGCAUGGCGGGCCUUGGUGGCGUAAGCCUGAACACCAUUCAUGUGUUCACGCGAGGGAGUCAGCGAGUGAGGUCACACACGUGGUCGCAUGGUAUGUUUGCGUCUCGUACGUACGUACGAACCACCAUGGGUGUGGCGACGGUCUUGAGGUAGAGGUACACCUUGAACCCCUUGGACAGAAACACCGCAGCGGUCACGUGGGCAUACCUACACACACACACACACACACACAUAAGACAUGGAUGCAGAGGCUUGUCUGUCUGUGUAUCUGUGUGUCUGUGUGUGCUCACCGCUGUGAGUUGUGCCGUCCGUCGAGUCCGAUGACAACGCCGCGCUCCUUGGCCAUGUCGCCCAGAGACUUCAACACAUACGUGCAGAGACCCUGACGGAGGGACACACACACCCACACACACGCAUCCAUGCGCCGAGGCUCCUUCCUUCACCGCCCGCAUGCAUGCGUGUAGGCACCUGUGAGGUCUGGAGCACGACCACGUCGUUCAUGCGGUUGAAGCCAGCACCCAUGUUGCCGCGGAGACCAGCCUGAACCAACACAUGUUGCACAGACGGCGUGUACCAUCCACAUGCCAUGCAGCAGGGCAGGUGUGGUGAGCCCGGCUGACCGUGCCGAACGCCAGUCGCUUGCAGAGCCGGUUCUUGAGCUCGUCCAUGUCGCCCUUGUCCACUAUCGCCUGCACAUCACACACAUGCGCCGAUACGCGCAUCUCUCUCCCAUCCGUCUGUCUGUCACGUCACAUGCACCCGAUUUCGACGCCUUUCGCCCACCUUGAGUUCGUCCUGCGUCUGCUUCCUCUUGUCCAUGCCGUACCACUCCUGCAGGUGGGUGCGGGUGGUCAGAUCAGACACCUUCUCGGCGAUGGCCGCCACCUCACUCGCGGGCAACAGCGACAUGGUCUUGUACGUUGAUGUACGUAACCAACGGACCUAACGAGGGAUCGGAUCAACCGACGCGCGGGGCUGCUCGCCGAAACUUGAACGGGGCUGAAGGGAG